AUGUUGAGAGCUCAAGCUGCCAGAUUGAUCUGUAACUCCCGUGUCGUCACUGCCAAGAGAACCUUUGCUUUGGCUGCCCGUGCUGCUGCCUACAAGCCAGCUGCCAAGCAAUUCGUCAAGCCAUUGGUUGCUACCCGUGGUUUGAAGCAAAUCAACUUUGGUGGUACCGUCGAGACUGUCUACGAGAGAGCCGACUGGCCCAAGGAAAAGCUGUUGAACUACUUCAAGAACGACACGUUUGCCUUGAUCGGUUACGGUUCUCAGGGUUACGGCCAAGGGUUGAACUUGAGAGACAACGGCUUGAACGUGAUCAUCGGUGUCCGUAAGGACGGAGCCUCCUGGAAGGCAGCCGUCGAGGACGGCUGGGUCCCAGGCGAGAACUUGUUCGAAGUCGAAGAGGCCGUCAAGAAGGGUACCUACGUCAUGAACUUGCUGUCCGACGCUGCUCAGUCCGAGACCUGGCCCACUUUGAAGCCAUUGAUCACCGAGGGUAAGACCUUGUACUUCUCGCACGGUUUCUCGCCAGUUUUCAAGAACUUGACCCACGUCGAGCCACCAAGCAACGUCGACGUGAUCUUGGUCGCUCCAAAGGGCUCCGGUAGAACCGUCAGAUCGCUGUUCAAGGAAGGCCGUGGUAUCAACUCUUCGUACGCCGUCUGGAACGACGUCACCGGCAGCGCGCACGAGAAAGCCCAGGCUUUGGCCGUCGCCAUCGGCUCCGGCUACGUGUACCAAACCACCUUCGAGAAGGAGGUCAACUCCGACUUGUAUGGUGAGAGAGGUUGUUUGAUGGGCGGUAUCCACGGUAUGUUCUUGGCCCAAUACGAAGUGUUGAGAGAGAACGGCCACUCCCCAUCCGAGUCCUUCAACGAGACCGUCGAAGAGGCCACCCAGUCCCUAUACCCACUGAUCGGCAAGUACGGUAUGGACUACAUGUACGACGCCUGCUCCACCACCGCCAGAAGAGGUGCGCUAGACUGGUACCCAAUCUUCAAGAACGCCUUGAAGCCUGUGUUCCAAGACUUGUACGAGUCCACCAAGAACGGGAGCGAGACCAAGAGAUCCUUGGAGUUCAACUCGCAACCAGACUACAGAGCCAAGUUGGAGAGCGAGUUGGAGACCAUCAGAAACAUGGAGAUCUGGAGAGUCGGCAAGGAGGUCAGAAAGUUGAGACCAGAAAACAACUAA